AUGGCGGCGGCCGCGCGGGCUCCGGGCUUGGCACCUGGGCCAGUGCUGCUGCUGCUGCUGUUGCUACUAAUGCUGCCGCUCCCUGCCGAGUUCGCAGCCGCUCGGAACACCCGCUCCGCGACCCGGCUCAGCCUGCUCCCUCCUUACUUCAACUUGGCGGAGGCCGCGAGGAUUUGGGCCACCGCCACCUGCGGGGAGCGGGCGCCCGACGGCGCGCGGCCCCGACCCGAGCUCUACUGCAAGUUGGUGGGGGGCCUCGCCCCGGGCCGUGGCCACGCUAUUCAGGGCCAGUUCUGUGACUAUUGCAAUUCUGAGGACCCCAGGAAAGCACAUCCAGUUACCAAUGCAAUCGAUGGAUCUGAACGCUGGUGGCAAAGCCCUCCUCUCUCCUCAGGCACGUGGUACAACAGAGUCAAUGUCACCUUGGAUCUAGGACAGCUCUUCCACGUGGCCUAUAUUUUAAUCAAAUUUGCAAAUUCUCCUCGCCCUGAUCUUUGGGUCUUGGAAAGAUCUGUAGACUUUGGGAACACCUACUCACCCUGGCAAUAUUUUGCCCAUUCUAAAGCAGACUGUUUGGAGCAAUUUGGGCGGGAGGCAAAUAAAGUUAUCACCCGAGAUGAUGAUGUACUUUGUACGACUGAUUAUUCCCGGAUCGUACCUUUAGAAAAUGGUGAGGUUGUGGUAUCCUUGGUAAAUGGCCGCCCAGGUACAAGAAACUUUACUUUCUCUAAUACCCUGAGAGAGUUCACCCAGGCAACAAACAUCCGCUUGCGUUUUCUCCGAACCAACACCCUUCUUGGCCACCUCAUCUCCAAAGCACAGCGAGAUCCAACUGUUACUCGGAGGUAUUAUUACAGCAUAAAAGACAUCAGUAUUGGUGGACGGUGUGUUUGCAAUGGCCAUGCUGAGGUGUGCAGUGCAAACAAUCCUGAAAAAUUGUUUCGGUGUGAGUGCCAGCACCACACCUGUGGACAGACGUGUGAUCACUGUUGUGUUGGGUACCACCAGAAGCACUGGCAGCCUGCCACACGGGAGCAGAGCCAUGAGUGUGAAGCAUGCAACUGCCAUGGUCACGCCAUCGACUGUUACUAUGAUCCAGAUGUUGAGAGAAAGCAGGCAAGCUUGAAUAUCCAGGGCAUCUAUGCAGGUGGAGGGGUCUGCAUUAAUUGCCAGCAUAACACAGCUGGCAUAAACUGUGAAAAAUGUGCUAAAGGCUUUUUCCGCCCAUAUGGUGUUCCAGUUGAUGCCCCCCAUGGCUGCACCCCUUGCAGCUGUAACCCUGAGCACGCGGUUGAUUGUGAGCAAGGCUCCGGCCGCUGUAACUGCAAGCCCAAUUUCCGCGGAGACAACUGCGAGGAGUGUGCGGCAGGAUACUACAACUUUCCGGUUUGCCUGAGAAUUCCCAUUGCUGCUAUUUCUACUCCUAGUCCAGAUGAUCCAGAAGCUGGAGAAAUAAAAGGGUGUGACUGUAACCUGGAAGGAGUGCUCCCUCAUAUAUGUGAUGCCCAGGGAAGGUGCCUUUGCCGCCCGGGCGUUGAGGGCCCUCGGUGUGACGCCUGCCGUGUGGGUUUCUAUUCAUUUCCUAUCUGCCUAGCCUGUCAGUGUUCAGCCCUUGGCUCCUACCAGAUGCCCUGCAGCCCAGUGACUGGACAGUGCGAGUGUCGCCCGGGGAUUACGGGACAGCGGUGUGACAGGUGUCAUUCAGGGGCCUACGACUUCCCUCACUGCCAAGGCUCCAGCAGCGCCUGUGACCCAGCGGGUACCCUCGACUCCAGUUUGGGGCAUUGCCAAUGCAAGCUUCACGUGGAAAGUCCUACUUGCAGUGUCUGCAAACCAUUAUACUGGAAUCUGGUCAAAGAAAACCCUGAUGGCUGUUCAGAAUGCCAGUGCCAUAUGGCGGGAACAGUGAGUGGGAUUGGAGAGUGCGGUCAGCGGGAUGGGGACUGUCAUUGUAAGUCCCACGUUGGAGGUGAUUCCUGCGACACAUGUGAAGAUGGAUAUUUUGCUUUGGAGAAGAGCAGUUACUUUGGGUGUCAAGGGUGUCAGUGUGAUAUCGGAGGAGCUGUCACCCCCAUAUGCAGUGGUUCCUCUGGGGUGUGCCAAUGUCGAGAUCACGUCGUGGGGAAGGCAUGCCAGCGACCUGAAAACAAUUAUUAUUUCCCGGAUUUGCAUCAUAUGAAGUAUGAGAUUGAAGAUGGCAGUCCACCUAAUGGCAGAGAACUCCGGUUUGGAUUUGAUCCCCUAGAGUUUCCUGAGUUCAGCUGGAGAGGCUAUGCUCAGAUGACCUCGGUGCAGAAUGAAGUAAGGAUCAUGUUGAAUGUGGGGAAGUCAAGUCUGUCCUUGUUUCGUGUUAUUCUGAGAUAUGUUAACAAUAGAACCCAAGCAGUGUCUGGACGUGUGACUAUUUAUCCAUCCUCAGCUAAGAUAGGUGCUGCUCAAAGCAAAGAGGUCCUCUUUCUGCCAAGUAAGAAACCAGCUUUUGUCACCAUCCCUGGAAAUGGCUUUGCAGACCCUUUUUCAAUUGGACCAGGAAAGUGGAUUGCAUGUAUUAGGGCAGAGGGAGUCCUCCUGGAUUACCUUGUGCUGCUCCCCAGGGACUAUUAUGAAGCAUCCUUGCUGCAGCUGCCAGUCACAGAGCCUUGUGCCGAGGCAGGACCGCCCCACGAGAAUUGCUUGCUUUACCAGCAUUUGCCAGUGACCCGAUUCCCCUGUGCCCUGGCUUGUGAGGCCAGAUACUUCCUGCUUGAUGGGGAGCCAAGACCCUUGGCAGUGAGGCAGCCCACCCCCGCACACCCAGUCAUGGCGGACCUCAGCGGAAAAGAGGUGGAACUGCAUCUGCGGCUGCAGGUCCCUCAGGUGGGCCACUACGUGGUCGUGGUUGAAUAUGCCACGGAAGUAGACCAGCUGUCUAUGGUUGAGAUCAAUGUGGAGAGCGCCGGGUCUGCCCUGACAGGACAGGUGAACAUCUACAGCUGCAAGUACAGUAUCCUUUGCCGGAGUACCAUGACGGAUGGCCAGGACGUCAUGGCCGUGUUGGAGCUGCUAGGGGAUGCAGACAUUCAGCUCAAAGCACACUCAGCCCGAUUCUUUCUGCAUCAGAUAUGUAUCAUACCCAUUGAAGAAUUCUCAACUGAAUAUUUGAGACCUCAAGUCAAAUGCAUUGCCAGUUACGGGCAAAUAGUUAAUCAAAGUGCUACUUGUGUCUCCCUGGCCCCGGAAACUCCUCCAACAGCAUUAAUUUUUCACAUCCCAAGUGGUGGGUCUUCCCCACUCCCACCCCAGUUUCCUUCUGCUGACACUGUCACUGGAGUCACCUUGAAGGCGCCACAGAGCCAAGUGACUCUGAGAGGACUGGUACCACGCCUGGGCCCAUAUGUCUUUGUCAUCCACUUUCAUCAGCCAGAGCACCCACAGUUUCCCGCGCAUGUGCUUGUGGAAGGCGGGAGGAAGUGGCCAGGUGUCUUCCAGGCCUCUUUUUGUCCCCACAUGCUUGGUUGCCGAGACCAAGUGAUCUCCGGAGAUCAGAUUGAGUUUGAUGUCUCAGAGCCUGAGGUGGCCGUGACUGUGAAGAUUCCAGAAGGAAAGUCCUUAGUACUGGUCCGUGUUCUAGUGGUGCCUGCUGAAAAUUAUGACUACCAGAUACUUCACAAAAAAACAGUAGACAAAUCAUUCGAAUUUAUUGACAAUUGUGGAGGAAACAGUUUUUACAUUGACCCUCAGACAGACUCCCAAUUCUGCAAGAAUUCAGCCAGGUCCCUGGUGGCUCUUUACCACAAGGGCGCACUGCCCUGUGAGUGCCACCCCACUGGCACCAUUGGUCAUCACUGCAGCCCUGAGGGCGGGCAGUGCCCAUGCCGGCCCAGUGUCAUCGGGAGACAAUGCACCCGCUGUCGAACUGGCUACUAUGGAUUCCCGCACUGCAAGCCAUGCAACUGUGGUGGGCGCCUGUGUGAGGAAAUGACAGGGAAGUGCCUCUGCCCUCCCCGCACCAUCAGGCCCCGGUGUGAGACUUGUGAGGUGCAUUCCUUCAGCUUCCACCCCCUGGCUGGCUGCAAAGGCUGCAACUGUUCCAGAAGGGGUACCAUUGGUGCUGCCACCCCAGAGUGUGACAAGGAACACGGGCAGUGCAGAUGCAAGCCCAGAAUCACAGGGCGGCGGUGUGACCGGUGUGCUCCUGGGUUUUACCGCUUCCCUGAGUGUAUUGCCUGCCGCUGCAACAGAGACGGCACCAAGCCAGGAGUCUGUGACCCAGGGACUGGAGCUUGCCUCUGCAAGGAAAAUGUGGAAGGAGCAGAAUGCAAUGUAUGUCGAGAAGGAUCAUUCUAUUUGAACCCAGCAAAUCCCAAAGGCUGUACCAGCUGCUUUUGUUUUGGAGUAAAUAAUCGUUGUCACAGUACACAUAAAAGAAGAACUAAGUUUGUGGAUAUGAUGGGCUGGCACCUGGAGACGGCAGAUGGAGUGCAAAUCCCUGUGUCAUUCAACCCAGACAGCAACAGCAUGGUUGCAGACCUCCAAGAACUGCCUUCAACAGUUCACAGCGUGUCCUGGGUGGCACCUCCCUCCUACCUGGGGGAUAAGGUUUCUUCAUAUGGAGGCUAUCUCACCUACCAAACCAAGUCCUUUGGCCUACCUGGUGAUAUGGUUCUUCUGGAAAAGGAGCCAGACGUGCAACUCACUGGGCAGCAUAAAUCCAUCAUCUACAAGGAUCCGAUUAGUCCCCGGCCAGACCGGCUGUAUCAUGGGCGAGUCCAGCUGGUGGAGGGAAACUUCAGACACGCCAGCAGCAGUGCCCCAGUGUCAAGGGAAGAGUUGAUGACAGUGCUGUCUAGACUGGAAGGCGUGCGCCUGCGAGGCCUCUACUUCACAGAGACGCAGCGGCUCACCCUGGGCGAGGUGGGGCUGGAGGAAGCAUCGGCCACAGGAAGUGGGCGGCAAGCACAUAUGGUGGAGAUGUGUGCCUGCCCCCCUCACCACAUGGGUGAUUCAUGUCAGGGUUGUAGCCCUGGAUACUACUGGGAUAACAAAGGCUCAUUUACUGGACGGUGUGUUCCCUGCAAUUGCAACAGACAUUCAAAUCGAUGCCAGGAUGACUCAGGAAUAUGUAUUAACUGCCAGCAUAACACUGCUGGGGACCACUGUGAGCGCUGCAAAGAGGGUUACUAUGGGAGUGCCAUCCACGGAUCCUGUAGUGCCUGCCCGUGUCCUCACUCAAACAGUUUUGCCACCGGCUGUGUCGUGGAUGGGGGAAACGUGAGGUGCUCCUGCAAACCUGGAUACACAGGAACACAGUGUGAAAGGUGUGCAGCAGGAUAUUUUGGAAAUCCCCAGAAAUUUGGUGGCAGCUGCCAACCUUGCAAUUGUAACAGCAAUGGCCAUUUGAGCAGUUGUGACCCCUUAACUGGAGACUGCAUAAACCAGGAACCCAAAGAUGGUGACCCUGGAGAAGAAUGUGAUGAUUGUGACAGCUGUGUGAUGACACUCUUGAACGACCUGGCCACCAUGGGCGACGAGCUUCGCCUCGUCAAGUCUCAGCUGCAUGGCUUGAGUGCCAGUGCGGGCACCCUGGAGCAGAUGCGGCAUUUGGAGACCCAGAUCAAGGAUCUGCGGAAUCAGUUGCUCAACUACCGUUCUGCCAUUUCAAAUCAUGGAUCAAAAAUGGAGGGCUUGGAAAAAGAACUGACUAACUUGAAUCGUGAAUUUGAGACUUUGCAAGAAAAGGCUCAAAUAAAUUCCAGAAAAGCACAAACACUACACAACAAUGUUGAUCGGACAGCACAAACUGCAAAGGAGCUGGACUCGAAAAUUAAAAAUGUCAUCCAAAAUGUGCACAUUCUUGUGAAGCAGAUCUCUGGGACAGAUGGAGCAGGAAACAGAGUGCCUUCAGGUGAUUUUUCCAGAGAGCUGGCUGAAGCGGAGCGCAUGAUGAGAGAAAUGCGGAACCGUGACUUUGGAAAGCAGUUGAGAGAAGCAGAAGCUGAAAAGAGAGAGGCCCAGCUCAUGCUGAAUCAGAUAAGGAGCUGGCUGGAGAGCUACCAGGGGGAGAACAGUGGACUUGUGAAGAGUUUACAGGGUUCUUUAAAUGAAUACGAAGCCAAAGUGAUUGAGCUCCGUGAUGCGCUACAGGAGGCAACUUCCCAAACAAAGCAGGCCACUGGCCUCAACCAAGAGAACGAGAGGGCCCUGGAAUCCAUCAGGAGACAAGUUAAAGAAAUGAAUUCCCUACGGAGUGCUUUCACCAAGUAUCUAACCACUGCAGACUCUGCCUUAUUGCAAACUAAUGCUUCCCUGCAGUUGAUGGGGAAAAGCCAGAAGGACUAUGAGAAAUUAGCUGCCACUUUAAAUGAAGCAAGACAUGAACUAAGUGACAAAGUGAGAGAACUUUCCAAAUCUGCCAGCAAAACGGCCCUUGUGGUGGAGGCAGAAAAGCACGCGCAAUCUUUACAAGAUCUGGCAAAGCAGCUGGAGGAGAUCAAGAGGAACACCAGCGGGGAUGAGCUCGUGCGCUGUGCCGUGGAUGCUGCCACCGCCUACGAGAACAUCUUGAAUGCCAUCAAAGCUGCCGAGGAGGCGGCUGACAGGGCCACGAGCGCAUCUGCGUCAGCCCUCCAGACAGUGAUAAAAGAAGAUCUUCCAAGAAAAGCUAAAACCCUGAGUUCCGACAGUGAUAAACUGUUACACGAAGCCAGGACAACACAGAAGACACUGCAGCAAGAAAUAAGUUCAGCUCUCAAUGACCUGCAGCAAACUUUGAAAGUUGUAAACAGUCAGAAAGAUCUGAUACACACCAAUCUCACUACCAUCCGUGAUGAUCUUCGUGGGAUACACAGAGAUGACAUCGAUGGUAUAAUCAGUAGUGCAAAGAGCAUGGUCAGAAAUGCCGAUGACAUCACAAGUAAGGUUCUGGAUGGACUCAAUCCUAUUCAGACAGAUGUGGAAAGAAUUAAGGAUACCUAUGGGAGCACACAGAGUGAAGACUUCGACAAGGCUCUCACAGAUGCAGAUAAUUCAGUGAAGAAAUUAACCAACAAACUGCCUGAUCUUUUGAGCAAGAUUGAAAGUAUCAACCAACAGCUGUUGCCACUGGGCAACAUCUCUGACAAUGUGGACCGCAUCCGAGAGCUCAUUCAGCAGGCCCGAGAUGCUGCCAAUAAGGUCGCUGUCCCUAUGAGAUUCAACGGUAAAUCUGGAGUCGAAGUCCGGCUACCAAAUGACCUGGAAGAUAUGAAAGGAUACACAUCUCUUUCUUUGUUUCUCCAAAGACCUGAAUCAAGUGAAAUUGGGGGGACUGAGAAUAUGUUUGUGAUGUACCUUGGAAAUAAGGAUACCUCCAAGGACUACAUUGGUAUGGCAGUCGUAGAUGGCCAGCUCACGUGCGUCUAUAACCUGGGAGAUCACGAGUCUGAACUCCAAGUAGAACCUACCUUGACUGAGAGUGAAACUCAGGAGGCAGUUAUGGACCGGGUGAAAUUUCAGAGAAUUUAUCAAUUUGCAAAGUUUAAUUAUACCAAAGGAGCCACAUCCAGUAAACCAGAAGCACCUCAAAUCUAUGAGAUGGAUAGUGGAAAUAGCAACACACUCCUCAAUUUGGAUCCUGAAAAUGUUGUGUUUUAUGUUGGAGGUUACCCACCUGAUUUUAGACUUCCCAGUAGAAUAAGAUUCCCUCCGUACAAAGGUUGUAUUGAAUUAGAUGACCUCAAUGAAAAUGUUCUGAGUUUAUACAACUUCAAAGAAACAUUCAAUCUCAACACAACUGAAGUGGAGCCUUGUAGAAGGAGAAAGGAAGAAUCAGACAAAAAUUAUUUUGAAGGUACAGGCUAUGCUCGAGUUCCAACUCAAGCAAAUGCACCCUUCCCAACCUUUGUACAGACUAUUCAGACCACCGUGGACAGAGGCUUGCUCUUCUUUGCAGAGAACCAGGAUCGCUUCAUUUCUCUAAAUAUAGAAGAUGGCAGUCUCAUGGUGCGAUACAAACUGGAUUCAGAGCCACCAAAAGAAAAAGGAUUUAGAGACCUUAUAAACAACGGCAAAGAUUAUACGAUUCAUAUUAAAAUCGGAAAAAUCCAAAGGCUUAUGUGGAUAAAUGUGAAUGUGCAAAGCAUUAAAAUCGAAGGUGAAAUAUUUGACUUCAGCACAUAUUAUCUGGGAGGAAUUCCAAUUGCAAUUAGGGAAAGAUUUAACAUUUCUACACCUGCUUUCCGGGGCUGCAUGAAAAAUCUGAAGAAAACUACUGGUGUUGUUAGGUUGAAUGAUACUGUGGGAGUAACCAAAAAAUGCUCAGAGGACUGGAUGCUUGUGAGAUCUGCCUCAUUCUCCAGGAGAGGACAGUUGAGUUUCACCAACUUGGGCUACCCACUGCCCCACUACUUCCAGGCCUCCUUUGGAUUUCAAACCUUUGAACCCAGUGGCAUGUUAUUACAUCACCAGACAAGGACUAGCAGCCUGCAGGUCACCCUGGAAGAUGGUCACAUUGAACUGAGCAGCAGGGAUAGCAACAGCCCAAUUUUUAAAUCUCCACAGACAUACAUGGAUGGGCUACUGCAUUAUGUAUCUGUAAUAAAUGACAACUCGGGACUCCGGCUUCUCAUUGAUGACCAGCCUCUGAAAAAUAACCAAAGGCUACAAGACUUUUCAAGUUCCCUGCAAUCCCUGCGCCUGGGAGGGAGUCAUUUUGAGGGGUGUAUCAGCAAUGUCUUUGUCCAGAGGCUAUCACAGAGUCCUGAAGUCCUAGACUUGGUCAAUAAAACUACUAAGAGAGAUGUGUCCUUGGGAGGCUGCAAUUUAAACAAACCACCUUUUCUAAUGUUGCUUAAGGGUUCUACAAAGGUUAACAAAGCCAGAAGUUUCAAUAUUGACCAGCCAUUGCAGGACAUGCCAGGGGCCUCCCGGAGGAGCGCAGAGACAUGGCAAGAUGCUCAGUCCUGCCCGCCCCCAUCCCAAGUCCAGGCUAGUCACAGAGGCCUCAGGUUUGGGGACAAUCCCACCAGCCACUUGCUAUUCACACUUCCCCAGGAGAUGCUGACACCCAGGCCAAGCUUUGCUAUGGAAGUCCAGACAACAUCUUCCCGAGGACUCGUGUUCUACACGGGCACUAAGAGCUCCUACAUGGCACUUUAUUUUUCAAAAGGACAUCUGGUCUUUGCAUUGGGGGCAGAAGGGAAAAAGCUGAAACUCAAAAGCAAAGAGAGAUGCAAUGAUGGGAAGUGGCACACGGUGGCAUUUGGAGAAGAUGGAGAAAGGGGCCGCCUGGUUGUGGAUGGUCUGAGGGCCAGGGAGGGAAGUUUGCCUGGAAAGUCUAAAAUCAGCCUCACAGCUUCAGUUUCCCUGGGAUCAUCUCCCUCAGGGAAGCCAAAGAGUCUCCCCAAAAGCAGUUUUGUGGGGUGCCUGAGGAACUUUCAAUUGGAUCUGAAACCCUUGGAUACCCCUUCUGCAAGCUUUGGGGUAUCUCCCUGCUUGGGUGGCUCUUUGGAGAAAGGCAUUUAUUUCUCCCAGGAAGGAGGUCAUGUCAUCCUAGCUAACCCUGUGUUACUUGGGCCAGAAUUUAAGCUUGUUUUCAGCAUUCGCCCACGAAGUCUCACUGGAAUCCUGAUACACAUCGGAAGUCAACCCGGGAACCACUUAUGUGUUUAUAUGGAGGCAGGAAAGGUCACGGCCUCUGUGAACAGUGAAGCAGGUGGGAUCUUGACAUCACUCACACCAAAGCAGUCUCUGUGUGAUGGACAGUGGCACUCAGUGGCAGUCAUCAUAAAACAACACAUCCUGCACCUCCAACUGGACAGAGACAACAGCCACACGGCUGGGCAGUUCCCCUUCCCACCGGCCCACACUCCGGAGCUGCUGCACAUUGGAGGUGUCCCAGCCAAUCUGCAAACCCUGAAGCUCCCUGUGUGGAAAUCAUUCUUUGGCUGUCUGAAGAAUAUUCAAGUCAACGACACUCCCAUCCCUGUCACUGAAGCUAUGGAAGUCCAGGGCACUGCCAGUCUGAAUGGCUGUCCUGCGCACUAGAUAAAACCCAUCACAGAGUGAGGAAAUUCACCUUCAAAAGCACUGAUUGCCCAAAGCAUCUCUGCUCCUCACUCAGGAUCAUUCUUGAUUUUAAGACAUCAUGCAGAGGGCUAGUAGCAAAUCUGAUUUUGAAUUCCAACUGUGUGUACCCAUCAUUUUGGUAUUCAAUGCUACAUGUGAGUUUUAUAUAAAAAUUCCAUUUUUCAAAGAUGAUGAACAAAUUGUCAUGUGCUUUUGG